GCUCUGGUCUUCUAUUCACACGGUCUUUACGCCAUACUCACAGUCUACAGAUUAUAGAUGUCCACAGAAUCUUCUGACUCUUCCUUUUCUGGUCGUCUACCAGAAGAGCUCUUGCCAGAACUUGAACACCUGUCUCGAUAUCUCUGGAUCAUUUCUGUCUUUGCGUUACCUGAUAGCCGCAACUUGUUACCAGAUCUAUGUGGUCCCUCGUAUACUGGAACCCUGAGGGCAUUGCUGACAAAGUUGAAGGGUGAACUCAGCGAGUGCGUUGCUCAUAUCGACGAGGCGGAAGAUCCAGACGCCGAGCAGACGGAUCUGUUCUCUAGGACGGCUGCUCGGCUUGUCGAGUCGGUUAAUGUAGAGCGUAGCAUGAGGAUAGUUACUGCUCACGCACGCCACGUUCUACCUGCUAGUAUAUAUGCCAACACCGACCCCGCUGACGACGUCGACGAUCGCUCUGAUCCGCCAUUGCCUUUUCCGCCCAGAAGAGCACAACGGGAGAACUCUCUGAGAGGGUCUUUUCUGAGGAGUAUUGACUCGCGAGUCCCUCAUCCUGCCAGAGAUCCGUUCACCGAAGCUUUACCGGAACCAGUCAAUCCGUUUGAUACAAAUCCUCGACAGACCUGGAAUCCCCUGUUUUCGUUACAUUUUACUCGAAACACCGCUGCAUACGAUCAAAGCAUAUACCCUGCAGAUGAAAUGAAUGUUAUGUUUGACGAUGGUGGGGAGGCUUUUGAUUACAGACGUGACAGCAGAGCUGUUCCUGGACAUCACCAGCGAACGAUGCACGUCCCUGCUUCUGCCCCGAGAGAUUGGAGAACUGCAAGCCUAGACAGUACUGUGAAUCAUGACGGCUGCAGAUCCGACAAUCCUGGUCCGUUCACAUGGAUUGGCAAAGUGUAUGCCCAGCAAAGUGCGAGAUAUGAAAGCCCGAGGGCUCGAUUUGAUAAUACUGUUGUGAUCACAAAGUUCACGAGGCAGUUUGUGAGGUCGACGCUGGAUGGCUCUCAUUUCACGGUUGCAAAUAAGAUUUUUGAAGAUCUUUUGCAGCAGAUGAUUAUCGACAAGCUGAACGGUGGAGACGACGAAUGCGUGAUCUCGCAUGACGACGUGCUUCUUAAAUCGGAGAAGGUAUUUGCGCCCGUGCUGUUUGAUCUUAGGGCAGUUUCAAAACGUUUGGGCGCGGCUUUGAAGAUUGAUAUGACGAACCCGCGCCGACUGGAUCCGUACAUCUUGACGUCGGAUCUGGGAGAGGCGCUCGAAGUGUGUAGUCUUGAUGGGACUGCAGACAAUAUCUUGAUGCAAUGCAGAGUAGCGAGGGCUGAUGCGGAACAAAUACUGUUUACGCGACAUGCAUCGUAUAUUCACGUUGCGAGCCGUGAAGGAUUCUGCGGACAGGUAUUCAAUCUGAAGCCGAGAGUUUACGAGCCAUUUUUUAUCAUGGAUCCGCAAAAGGUGCACUGGAGUCUUGCGCCUGAUAUACCGUGGCUGGUAUACAACAAACGUCAGGAGACAUUUACAGGAAUUGCGCCCAACUUUCAGCAAAAGACAGCUAUCCAGACUAGUCUGAUUGCGACUUAUGUUUGGUACGGGGUGUACAGGGAGAUUCAGCAAUUUGUGGAGAUUGUGAUUGAUUUGGGUCUAGACCCCGAUUACGGAAGAAUGGGGUUUAUAAGUCUACGCACCUCAUCGCAGGGAGAAAAGGCGGUGUAUACAGCAACUCCAACCGCCGAGGAAGACAAAUCAACAGACCAAGCGGACGUGACAUCGAGUAGCAUCCAGUCUUCUAUGGGACCGCCUGUGGUAUCGGUUCCGAUGAGUCUCCCAAACGCUACGACUCAGAUAGUUGCAGAGAUUGUGCCGAGCUAUGAAGCGUCGAUGUCGUUUGCUAGAUCGAGGAUCACGGGUGAUGAUGGAGAGCCUUGCAACAUUUUAUCAUCAUUGACCUGGGAGCGUGUCAGGCCUGAGAAUCCGGCAGGGAGGGGGAAUGAUCCGGCUGCUCGCGGAGAUCAAACUCAGGGCAUGAGCAGGGAUAUGGAUAUGGAUAUGGACUCGGAUACCGGUUCAGAUAGGGAGUUUGAUUCUGUGGCGAUGGCUUUUGCUGAUGAUUCAAAUGCCGGUUCCUGCCAGUGACUGAGCUAUUAUACCCGCUUUACUGUGUUUUCUGUCAGACUGUUAAAAAGAAGAAGUGCUCGAGGAGUGUUCUGUUUACUGUAUAGAUAGCUAUAAC